GACCUCUCCCAGUGUUUACUUAAGGAACGGAGACUUUGCUCUCCCGCCUGGUGCUUCCUAGCUAAGCAUGAAGUCUGACCUCCUUUCCCUGAGUCAGAAUAGAACUAGGCCAGGCUUCCAAUAAUAAAGAUUUGAAGGCUGCGAAAGGAAAUUCAUUGGCCAUGUAACCUUGAAAAAUUGCUAAACCUCACUUUACCUCAGUUUCCUCAUCUGUAAAAUAGGGAUGUUAAUACCUAGUUUCUAGAGUUGGACAAUGAGAGGUAGUAUCUACAAAUCACCUAGCAUAGAAUGCUUAAAAGUAUUAUUGUUGGCUAAAGUCUGAUAAUUUUAGGCCCCUUGAAAGGCGUAAAGGAUAUGAGAGUCUUUUCACUGACAAGGAAAGAUAGCUGUUUAGGGAAAGGGUUAUCAGUUAUCUGUUGCUCUUGUAGUAAAACAGCUUUCACCAGAGCCUUCUGCAACAAAGAGAUUUUGACAUGUUGUGACAUAUCAGAAAACAAAGUGGGAAACGGGUUGCAAGCACUCAGGCUAUAAACAGACCAAAAUCCAAAGAAGUACAGUCUAUAAGUGCUUUUUAUACAAUUUUGACAGGUGCUGAUUUUUUAUGAGUACAUUACUUACAGACUAUGAUUGGUUAAAGACAAAGAACUAAUAAGAUCAUGAUUGGGUGACCUUUUCUUGUUUUCCUUUUCUAACUGUUUGGUUGCUUGGCUCAGGGGUCCUGGGUCUGUCAUAUAAUGGUUGUUUUGUAUUUAUUAUGUGGGCUACAUAUGAUAUUGGGUAGGUCUUUAACUUGCUUCCUGGGGUAGCUUGUUAUUUAGUUCUGGUACGUACAUCCACAGUCCACUGAACCAGUUAGAGCACACUGCCCCACUCCUUUGAUAUAGUUUUCCUCUUGUUUUAGGCUUUUCAGAUUCUGACAAACAAGUUGGCCUUUUGUGGUUUUGGCCUGCUGUGGGUAGGUUAACCCUUUAUCAAUCCCUCCUUUUGAUCGCUGAUUGCCAUAAGUACAUUGAUAAUCACAAGACGAUGCCUGGGCAUGGCAGGGCUCCUAGGUGUGGCCAUGGCAGGCACUUCAAACUCAUGACGUGGUUUUCAGCGGAUACCCUCCGGUUCUUCACCGGGGUCAUUAGGUGAGGGUUACAGCUCUGCUGGUCAUAUUGCAGAAGUGGGCAGAAUCAGUAUACAUUAUUGGUGUAGGAGUUGGAUGUGCUGUAGGGUCCUGACAUUUAUUAAUUCCACUGACUGCACAUGUGAACAAAAUAUAGAUUAAGCCAAUUAAUAUUUUUAUUAUUAAAAUACUUCGCAGGAAUGAGCAGACUCGAUCCUAUCCCUUGGGGUAGUCAUCCAAAUAAAUAUGCAGUUUGUAAAGGAGGAAUGGAGUGCAGCCAAACAGCCUGCUUUCUGAUUUUAUGGCUGUCUUGUUCUACAAUUCCAGAGAAUGGACUGCUGAAUUAUGAAGUAUUUCAGACCCAGUAGUACAGCAUCACUCUGCCACUUACUCCUUUAUCUUCUUCUGGUUAUUUAAAUUGGACUUUUAAUAUCCUACCAGCUGCUCUUCGGACACACAUGGUGCAUUGUUGCCAUUCCCCAGAUUGCAUUUUUGAAACACAGACUCUUAGUAACCUUCAGCAAACAAAGAGACAACCUCCAGGAUCCCUAUACCAGGAGGGAGUCAUCCUGACUGCCCUCUAGCUUUUGCUGGAUUUGGAUUUGAAUUCCACCAUGGAGCCUCGCAUGGAGUCCUGCUUGGCACAGGUGUUGCAGAAGGAUGUGGGGAAGCGACUGCAGGUUGGCCAAGAACUUAUAGAUUAUUUCUCAGACAAACAGAAGUCAGCUGACCUUGAGCAUGACCAGACCAUGUUAGAUAAGCUUGUGGAUGGACUCGCUACCUCUUGGGUGAACUCUAGCAACUACAAGGUAGUUCUUCUGGGCAUGGACAUCCUGUCUGCGCUAGUGACCCGGCUGCAGGAUCGGUUCAAGGCGCAGAUCGGCACAGUGCUGCCAAGUUUAAUUGACAGACUGGGAGAUGCUAAAGACUCUGUGAGGGAGCAAGACCAGGCGUUGCUGCUGAAGAUCAUGGAUCAAGCUGCUAACCCUCAGUACGUGUGGGACAGAAUGCUCGGAGGCUUCAAACACAAGAAUUUCCGCACGCGAGAGGGCAUCUGUCUCUGCCUUAUUGCAACACUCAAUGCCUCUGGAGCUCAUACUUUAACACUAAGCAAGAUCGUGCCACAUAUAUGUAACCUACUCGGCGAUCCAAACAGCCAGGUUCGAGAUGCAGCAAUAAACAGCUUAGUGGAAAUUUACAGACAUGUAGGAGAACGUGUGAGGGCAGAUCUCAGUAAAAAAGGAUUGCCACAGUCCCGGUUGAAUGUAAUUUUUACAAAAUUUGAUGAAGUCCAAAAAUCUGGAAACAUGAUACAGUCUGCAAAUGAUAAAAAUUUUGAUGAUGAAGAUUCUGUGGAUGGUAAUAGACCUUCCUCUGCCAGUUCUACAUCAUCCAAGGCUCCACCAAGCUCACGGAGAAACGUUGGAAUGGGGACUACCCGCCGGAUUGGGUCAUCCACUCUUGGGUCUAAGUCUUCAGCUGCAAAAGAAGGAGCUGGUGCUGUUGAUGAAGAGGACUUUAUUAAAGCAUUUGAUGAUGUACCUGUAGUACAGAUUUAUUCUGCUCGAGACCUUGAGGAAUCCAUAAACAAAAUUAGGGAAAUACUGUCUGAUGACAAGCAUGAUUGGGAGCAAAGAGUAAAUGCUCUAAAAAAAAUUCGGUCUUUACUUUUGGCUGGUGCUGCUGAGUAUGAUAACUUCUUUCAACAUCUGCGUCUCUUGGAUGGAGCCUUUAAACUAUCCGCUAAGGAUCUCCGGUCUCAGGUAGUGCGGGAGGCUUGUAUCACACUGGGGCAUCUGUCAUCGGUUCUGGGGAACAAGUUUGACCAUGGAGCUGAAGCCAUCAUGCCAACCAUCUUUAAUUUAAUUCCAAACAGUGCCAAAAUCAUGGCCACGUCUGGUGUUGUAGCAGUUAGGUUAAUCAUUCGUCACACACACAUCCCUAGGCUAAUACCUGUCAUAACAAGCAACUGUACCUCUAAGUCUGUUGCAGUUAGAAGGCGCUGCUUUGAAUUUUUAGAUUUACUUUUACAAGAAUGGCAGACACAUUCGCUGGAACGACACAUAUCAGUAUUAGCCGAAACAAUAAAGAAGGGAAUUCACGAUGCAGAUUCUGAAGCAAGGAUAGAAGCCAGAAAAUGUUACUGGGGUUUCCACAGUCACUUCAGCAGAGAAGCAGAGCACUUAUACCACACCCUGGAGUCCUCCUACCAGAAGGCCCUUCAGUCCCAUUUGAAGAACUCGGACAGCAUAGUGUCUCUGCCUCAGUCAGAUCGCUCAUCUUCCAGCUCACAAGAGAGUCUGAACCGGCCCCUCACUGCAAAAAGAAGUCCUACUGGAAGUACCACAUCUAGAGCUUCGACAGUUAGUACCAAAUCUGUGUCAACAACCGGGUCCCUGCAGCGCUCUCGAAGUGAUAUUGAUGUGAACGCAGCGGCCAGUGCCAAGUCCAAGGUCUCCUCCUCGGGCGUCACGCCUUUCAGCUCCGCAGCGGCUUUGCCUCCAGGGUCAUACGCAUCCUUAGAGUCCAGACACAUGAGGGAAGACAUGGAAUACGUAGGCCUUGACUCAGGUCGGAUCCGCACAAGACGGCAAAGCUCUGGGAGCGCCACCAGCGUCGCCUCUACGCCUUCCGACAGUCGGGGCCGCAGCCGUGCUAAAGUGGUUUCCCAGUCCCAGCCUGGCAGCCGGUCGAGUUCCCCAGGGAAAUUGUUGGGAAGUGGUUACAGUGGACUUUCUGGGGGGUCCUCAAGAGGCCCACCUGUGACACCCUCCUCAGAAAAACGAAGCAAGAUUCCUAGGAGUCAGGGAUGUAGCCGAGAAACAAGUCCAAACCGAAUAGGAUUAGAGCGGUUUGGGCUUGGCCAGCCAGGAAGAGUCCCUGGGUCAGUGAAUGCCCUGAGAGUGUUGAGCACAAGUACAGAUCUGGAAGCUGCGGUUGCUGACGCUCUGCUGUUAGGAGACUCCAGGAGCAAGAAGAAGCCUGUGAGGAGGAGAUACGAGCCCUAUGGAAUGUACUCUGACGACGAUGCCAACAGCGAUGCUUCGAGCGUCUGCUCUGAGCGCUCGUACGGCUCCAGGAACGGUGGCAUUCCUCAUUACCUGCGGCAGACUGAGGAUGUGGCUGAGGUGCUCAACCACUGUGCAAGUUCAAACUGGUCAGAGCGGAAGGAAGGGCUUCUCGGCCUGCAGAACUUACUGAAGAGCCAGAGGACAUUGAGUCGAGUAGAACUGAAGAGGUUGUGUGAGAUCUUCACCCGGAUGUUUGCUGACCCCCAUAGCAAGAUUGCUGAUUCAGAACCAGAAUGUGAGGAUAAAGAAGGAAAUUUGUUUCCAUCAGAAGGCUCUUGUACAAGAGUUUUCAGUAUGUUUCUGGAGACUCUGGUGGAUUUUAUAAUAAUUCAUAAAGAUGACUUGCAAGACUGGCUUUUUGUUCUUCUCACACAAUUACUUAAGAAGAUGGGUGCAGAUUUACUUGGAUCUGUGCAAGCGAAAGUUCAGAAGGCUCUAGAUAUAACGAGGGAUUCCUUUCCAUUUGAUCAACAAUUUAACAUUUUGAUGAGAUUUAUUGUGGAUCAAACUCAGACUCCAAAUCUCAAGGUCAAAGUUGCGAUCCUAAAGUACAUUGAGUCUCUGGCCAGGCAAAUGGAUCCAACAGAUUUUAUAAACUCUAGUGAGACAAGGCUUGCUGUUUCUAGAAUUAUCACCUGGACAACAGAACCAAAGAGUUCAGACGUGAGAAAGGCAGCACAAAUUGUGCUAAUCUCUCUGUUUGAAUUGAACACUCCUGAAUUUACCAUGUUACUUGGUGCCUUGCCAAAAACAUUCCAGGAUGGUGCCACCAAACUCCUCCAUAACCACCUCAAGAAUUCUAGUAACACCAGUGUGGGCUCUCCAAGCAAUACGAUUGGCCGGACUUCCUCCAGACACACCAGCAGCAGGACCAGCCCCCUGACCUCACCCACCAACUGUUCCCAUGGGGGUCUGUCUCCAAGCAUGCUGGACUAUGAUACAGAGAACCUGAACUCUGAAGAAAUCUACAGCUCUCUGCGUGGAGUUACAGAAGCCAUUGAAAAGUUUAGUUUUCGAAGCCAAGAAGAUCUGAAUGAGCCAAUCAAACGAGAAGGGAAGAAAGACUGUGAUAUUGUAUCACGCGACGGGGGGGUUGCCUCUCCCGCCACUGAGGGCCGAGGAGGCAGUGAGAUGGUGGAGGGCGGCCGGACAGCGCUGGACAACAAGACCUCCCUCCUCAACACCCAGCCUCCGCGGGCCUUCCCUGGACCUCGAGCGCGAGAGUACAAUCCCUACCCCUACUCGGAUACCAUCAACACCUACGACAAGACAGCCCUGAAGGAGGCCAUGUUUGACGACGACAUGGAGCAGCUGCGAGAUGUACCCAUUGACCAUUCUGACCUGGUGGCGGACCUUCUGAAAGAGUUGUCUAACCACAACGAGCGGGUGGAGGAGCGGAAAGGAGCGCUGUUGGAGCUGCUCAAGAUCACCCGGGAAGACAAUCUAGGGGUCUGGGAAGAGCACUUCAAAACCAUCCUGCUGCUGCUGCUGGAGACGCUCGGAGACAAGGACCAUUCGAUCCGAGCACUGGCAUUGAGGGUCUUACGGGAAAUUCUGAGGAACCAGCCAGCAAGAUUUAAAAACUACGCUGAGCUGACGAUCAUGAAAACUCUGGAAGCCCACAAAGACUCUCAUAAGGAGGUGGUGAGAGCUGCUGAGGAGGCCGCGUCCACGCUGGCCAGCUCCAUCCACCCAGAGCAGUGCAUCAAAGUGCUGUGCCCCAUCAUCCAGACGGCCGACUACCCCAUCAACCUGGCGGCCAUCAAGAUGCAGACCAAAGUUGUUGAGAGGAUCGCCAAGGAGUCCCUGCUGCAGCUGCUCCCCGACAUCAUCCCAGGCCUGCUGCAGGGUUACGACAACACCGAGAGCAGUGUACGGAAGGCCAGCGUGUUUUGCUUGGUAGCCAUUUAUUCUGUAAUCGGAGAAGACCUGAAACCUCACCUCGCACAGCUCACGGGGAGCAAGAUGAAGCUGUUAAACUUAUACAUAAAGAGAGCCCAGACGACAAACAGCAACAGCAGCUCCUCCUCCGACGUGUCCACACACAGCUGAUGGCGGCGCCAGCCCUCCGUGCAGACCUCCAAGUAGUCGGUGGUCCUCUCACAGACUCCCCUGACCCUUCGCCGACCGCCCAGUCAGUACAAGGAGGCCUGCAGAUCUGUAUUACAAUCAGUAUUUUGUCCCUCUCAGCUUUUGUGUAGAAUCUUACUGGUAUUGAAUGUAAAGGAAGCAAGGCCUGUAUUGCAGUCUUCACGCAGAGCAGAAGGAAUCCGAAAAGGAAAGAGGCGUACUCGGACACGCUGUCUGGUGCAGCCUGCCGAGGUCGUGAGGCAGCGUGCGGGGUGCAGCUUUUCACACUCAGAGCCUCCAGCCGACACUCGUUAGAAAGUAGUGUUUUCUCUUUAGCUGUUCACAGAAACGGGGUGUUCGUUUGGGUUUCUCCUUCUUCAUGCUGUUUCUUUUAUGAGUGUGGCCCACGCGGAGCAGAGACCUGCCCCGUGCACAGCUGACACUGUGAAAAGCUUGUGUGUCUUUAAGCUUCAUUUUGAGAACUGCUGAAAAUGUCACUCAAGUCUUGGCCAGAGCUGAAGCGCCUAAAGAUGGCCCUUUCACAGAUGCUGGGAGUUUUGCUUUUAUCUCCACCUGGAGGCAGACUGCCCCGACUUUGAGCGUGGAGUCCCAGGGGCACGCUCCAUAGUCUCCUUCCAGGGCAGUCUCCCAGCCCCUCUGAGCGGUCCCUGCCAAGCGAGGGCUUCCACUCAAAGGAGUCUUAGAGUUUAAAUCCAAACACAAAAAUCUAGGUAAAUUAUAGCAUCAUCUAGUGGAUGCCUGAAUUCAUAUUUCACCAAGUACAUAAGACACCAGAAAAGCCGCUGGUCUCACUGCUAAGACGCGCUGUGCUGGCGGUGAUUCUCCGUGACCCUCAGUACUUGGAGGGCUCUGCGUGGUGCGGACUCAGUGCCGUCUUUCUCCUGUCCCCUGCAGCUUCGCCUCAACUCCUCAACGCUAACACGUUCUCAGUUCAUCCGGUAAAUGGCAAACGGACCGCCUCGGAUUUUGACUUCUUUCUAAUGUAGAAUUAAGAUCAAAGAAAAGCCCGGAGAGACCGUGUGUCAGAAUCAUUAUUCUGUUUUAUAAACUGAAGUUCUUCCUUGAUCAUCUGUUGAAAUGAAUACUCAUUGUUUAAGGAAAAAGUAAUUAUGAUGAAUAGCAAAUUGCAAAAAAACAGGGUUUGAAAUGUAAUUUUAGAGUCUGUUUCGUUCCCUUCAGUGAGAAACCACCAGGCCCCUUUUUUCCUAACCUCACGAGGGUUUCAUUGGUGUAAGCAGAGUAACCAGAUUUGGAGUCUGGGUAGAUCACAGUUUUGAGUAAUAUUCUUCGAGCCAAGUGAAAUUCUGCAUGUAAUCAUGAAGACUUCUGUUACCUUUGACUCCUCUUUCAGGUCCUCUAAAUUGAACUGAUUUUUCCUUAAGAAAAUGCCUAUUUUAAUAUUCCCUCUCAGUGAGGUGGUUGGUGUUCCGCUGCAGAGCCCACUGUGGCGGCAGGACUGAGGAGACCCGCGGGUUCUUACCACUCAUUUCUACAGCCCCCCUUGAGGUUUUCUUGGAAGUUGUGAAGGACACCGUAGCAAACAUGUAACUCUUCUUUAUUUACAGUUUGUUUGGGAAUAUGCUCUGAGAGCAAGCACCCUGUCAGGUCCAGGAGCAGGCAGGCCGGGUGCCAGCACUGCAGGUGGAUGGUGCAGGAGGCGCCCGCCGCUGCUUUCCGGGGACCGCGGGGUGUCUUUAGUGGUUAUCAUCCAGCAUAGUAGGGCCAAGCCUUACUUUGGCUGAUGAACACUGUUGGUUAGUAUUUCAUGAAUGGAUUUUCCUUUUCACAGUCUACAAGUGAGUCAAGGAGGCUUUUGGUACCCCACUGUUGUAGAAGUGUGCAUUCCGGUGAGGUUAUUUAUGAGUUCCUUUCGUCUGCUGCAUUUAGAAAUACCUCUCUCCUUCUGUUCUCUGACGUCCCAGAAGGUCCCCCUGGUCCCCCAGUGUAGUUGGGAACACUCUCGAGCGUCGCCCCAUUUUCUGAUACCACUCACAAAGGGCUAGCCUUGAAUGUCACUUGCCCAACCUUCAACCUCUUGACCAGAGAGAGAGUCACUUCGCCAGCCGCUCGGCCGAGGUCUGGAAAAUGCUGCCC